AUGGCUGGCUUGCUCAAGAUCUCUGUGUUGACUGCGUUGGCAGCCUCGAUCACCUCGGUGGUCGCCACCCCGCCCGCCUGCCUCCUCGCCUGUGUCGCCCAGGUGCAAAAGCAGCUGGACUGCCUGGGGCUCAACGACCUCAAGUGCAUCUGUUCGCUGGAACAGCUGGCGAUCAAGCUGUGCCUCGACAAGCAGUGCCCCAACGGCGACGCUGACGCCGCCAAGAAACAGUUGGGCUCGACCUGCAACGGCAUCGACGAGUCGUCGUCGUCGUCGUCGUCGUCGCUGGCGUCGGAAUCGGCCUCUGAGCUGACCUCUGAGUCGUCGUCGGCCUCGGCCUCGCAACUGGCCUCGGCCGAACAUUCGGCUUCCGCUGAACCUACUGAAUCGUCGUCGGCUGAACCCACUUCCGCCUCGACUCAAGGCUCCGCUCAAGGCUCGGCUGAACCCACCUCGGCCUCUACUGAAGCCUCGCAAGAAGGCCAACAAGGCGGUGUCGUCACUGAAACCAUCCCCUGCGAAAAGUGCCACGAAUCGUCGCACGAAGCCGCCCCCACCACCCAAGAAUCGCAGCUGGCCGUCCCCACCACUCAGCAAACCCAACACGCUGAACCAUCGUCGGAACAAUCCGUCGCCGCCGUUCCCACCGUGUCCAUCGAAGGUGGUGCCGCCAAGGUCGGCGCCGCAGGUGCCGCCAUGGUCAUUGCCGGGCUCGCUUUGUUGUAA